UCAAUACAAUUCGGCCGUCAGGUGGGGCAGCGACUGCGGUGGCGACACCCAACUCCUCGUCGUACAGUGAGAGUAAUCCGUAGCACUUCGUGUCCCGCACGGCAGCGGUUUUGACGACCCGAACUGAAAGCCCGAAACCUCGACGUCUCCUGUCUUCUUCCUCCUCACCUAGUUCAAGAAACCCUCUCCUUCCUCUCUUGCUUCAUGGGUGGAGGGCUCUCCCGUCAUGAUUCGCCCUCUGUGGCUGACACAAGCGCCCCAUCCAAUCUCGAUAAAGAUCAGAUGCUUGCGCAGGCAGAGAAAGAAAUGGGCUUCAGAAUAGAUCAUUUAAACCGGCUUGCUCAGACCUGUUUCAACAAGUGUGUUGACAAAAGAUACAAAGAUUCCGAGCUCUAUAUUGGCGAAAACAGUUGCGUUGAUCGUUGCGUUUCAAAGUAUAUUCAGGUGACAAAUAUAAUUGGACACAUACACCAGUUUGAAGCAGCUACUGCUUGUAGAGCAAAUAGCUCAAUUCUUUCUUCAUCUGCUGCCAACAUAAUGAAUGAUGAUAGCACCUCCAAAAUUCAUUUGGAAAUUAGAGACAACGUCUUUGGCCAUUUCAGGUGACAGACGUCAUCGAUGCCCGCCGCUCGAUGGCAUCAAGGACAUGUGUUUAUCGUCAUCCGGAGGCGCAUCGGCUCCUCCUCCUUCGGCGGCAUCACCAACCCCUAAAUUU